GGGAGAAACCGAGAUGUCCAAGUUGUGGAAAAUAUAAUUUAAUGUGUUUAUAAAAGUGAUGAAAAAGUGAAAUGUUGCAAUUGUGGUGGGAACAAUGAAGCCACAUAUUUUGAAUGCCCGACAAGGGUGAAAGAAAAUUAGGUGGCCAAAGUUAGGGUUGUACAGAGCAUUUCCUAUGCAGCAGCGGUUAAAAGGGUUGAGGGUUUGAAUGGUGCUCCUGAAGAGUCCAUGGUGGUGGAUAGACCUAUUAGCUACACAACCGAUAAGAAACGACUUCAGAGUGUUAUUGCAACAGCAGCGCACCGUAACUGUUUGAUCUUUUUCACAUUUGCAAAACUGUUAAGCUAACACUAACUUCAGAUUCGCUGAAUCGUUUUAGCUAACGUCUACGCGUUAGUUCAUCGCUUGAGGCAACGCGCAAUAUGUCGUCGCACUAUGGACCAGAACUAGCUGAAAGAUGUCUUGAUUGAUUUGCUAAUCAAGUACUGUAAUGUUUUCAUGUUUCAGUUGGAUACUCCACAGUUGCCAUCAAUUAUGUGGUUGAUUUGCAGAAAAAGAAACAGGUAGGCUGCUCGGUGUUCCCUGUUUAUAACUCACCAAGUCAAGAGAGCUGUCCUCACCUUUGUUAACAUUUGUUUGCUUAUGUUUACAGGGAAUUGGCAAACCAAAAUGUGUCUCAGAGCUGUUUUGAUACAUUUUCCAAAGUGCAGGUAGUGUGGCGUAAAAGUAAUGUUGACAUAUAAUGAAAUACUUUUUCAUGAUGCUAGCUAUCCUAUAUAUGUCCGCUUUCUUUUGCACAGGGUAAAUCCAGAACAAUCAAGGUUUUAAACCGACUGACAGUUGUGGCCUCAGACCAUCACACUUUGUGUCCAAUGUACAAAACAUUAGGAACACCUUUAAUAUUGAGUUUACCCCUUUUGCCCAUAGAACAGCCUCAAUUCGUCGGACCAUGGAAAGCGUUACACAGAGAUGCUGGCCAAUGUUGACUCCAAUGUUUCCCACUGUUGUGUCAAAUUGUCUGGAUUUGGGUGGUGGACCAUUAUUGAUACACACGGGAAACAGUUGAGUGUGAAAAACCCAGAAGCAUUGCAAUUCUUGACACCGGUGUGCCUGGCACCUACUACCAUACCCUGUUCAAAGGCACUUCAAUAUUUUGUCUUGCCCAUUCACCCUCUGAAUGGCACACAUACACAAUCCAUGUCUCAAUUGUGUCAAGGCUUAAAAAUCCUUCUUUAACCUGUCUCCUUCCCUUCAUCUACACUGAUUGAAGUGGAUUGAACAGGUGACAUCAAAAAGGGAUCAUAGCUUUCACCUGGUCAGUCUGUCAUGGAAAGAGCUGGUGUUCCUAAUGUUUAGUACACUCCGUGUGCAGUAGCCGUUUGAACAUUUGCUGACAGUUUUCAUAUUGCAUGAUUUUUCAAAUAACAUCUGUCCCUUCCCAGAGACCAACUGCAGAGUGCAAAGCCUAUGACUUAGUGGCUGUCUAUCCUAAAACAGAGAAGUUGUUUCAUGUAGGUACAUUUGUUCAGCAUCAUCCACUACUGACUAUGUAUGUUAGGAUGACCUUCUGCUCAUUUAGGUCUUCUACUUGUUUCAAUAGGCAGCUUGCAUGACAUUUGAUGUUGAUAUCAUCUGUGUGGCAGUGACAGAAAAAUAACCCUCCUUUUUCAAAAGAGCUCCAGUAAAUGGGGUAAGUAUGUAUACAGUGCCUCGCAAAAGUAUUCACGGGUUUCAUUUUUUUUGUCAACAAUCUCCAACAAUAUCCUUCAGUCAAGUGUUGAAUUUCAAGCUACAAAGACCAGGGAGCUUUUCGAAAGCCUCAUAAAGAAGGGUCCUAAAGUAAUACUGCAAAAAAAACAGCAAAGGAAUACACUUUUUGGCCUGAAUGCAAAGCCUUAUGUUUGGGGCAAAUCCAACACAUCACUGAGUAACUGCCUCCUUAUUUUCAAGCAUGGUGGUGGCUGCAUCAUGGUAUGGGUAUGCUUGACAUCUAUUGGGGAGUUUUUCAGGAUGAAAAUAAACUGGGUGGCGCUAAGCAGGCAAAAUCUUAGAGGAAAACCUGCUUCACUCUGCUUUAAACCAGAGACUGGGAGAGGAAUUCACCUUUCGCCAGGCAUUACUGGAACCAUGUCGUCCAAAAAGUUAUACUUUUGAAUCCUCUGUCCAUAGAACGUUCUUCCAAGAGUCUUGAUGAUCAUCCAUGUGCUUUUUGGCAAACUUUAGUCAACUUUUUGGAAGAGAUGGGUCCCAUUAUGCCUGGCGUAAACCAAAUGCUGCAUUCCACAGUAAGAACAUCAUACCAAAGGUCAAGCAUGGUGGUGAUGGUUUGGGGAUGCUUUGCUGCCUCAGGACCUGGACGACUUGCCUUAAUAGAAGAAACCAUGAAUUCUGCUCUGUAUCAGAGAAUUAUACAGGAGAAUUUCAUACCAUCCGUCUGUGAGCUGAAGCUGAAGCGCAGCUGGGUCAUGCAGCAAGACAAUGAUCCAAAACACACAAUCAAGUCUACAUGAAAAUGGCUAAAAAGCAACAAGUUGGAAGUUUUUGAAUGGCCUAGUCAAAGUCCAGACCUAAUCACAAUUGAAAUGUUGUGGCAGGACUUGAAACGAGCAGUUCAUGCUUGAAAACCCACACGUCACUGAGUUAAAGCAGUUCUGCAUGGAAGAGUGGGCCAAAAUUCCUCCAUAGCGACGUGAGAGACUGAUCAACAACUACAGGAGGCAUUUGGUUGGAGUCAUUGCAGCUAAAGGUGGCACAACCCAGUUAUUGAGUGUACAUGUAAAAUGUAAGGGGGCAAUUACUUUUUCACACAGGGGAAUUGGGAGUUGCAUAACUUUGUUUAUUAAAUAAAUAUGUAAUUGUUGUGUUAUUUGUUCACUUAUGUUCCCUUUAUCUAAUAUUAGGUUUUGGUUGAAGAUCUGAUAACAUUCAGUAUCACAAAUAUGCAAAAGUAGAGAAAAUUAGAAAGGGGGCAAAUACUUUUUCAUAGCAUUGUGUGUGUAUAUAUAUAUAUAUAUAUAUAUAUAUACAGUGGGGAAAAAAGUAUUUAGUCAGCCACCAAUUGUGCAAGUUCUCCCACUUAAAAAGAUGAGAGGCCUGUAAUUUUCAUCAUAGGUACACGUCAACUAUGACAGACAAAAUGAGAAAAAAAAAUCCAGAAAAUCACAUUGUAGGAUUUUUUAUGAAUUUAUUUGCAAAUUAUGGUGGAAAAUAAGUAUUUGGUCACCUACAAACAAGCAAGAUUUCUGGCUCUCACAGACCUGUAACUUCUUCUUUAAGAGGCUUCUCUGUCCUCCACUCGUUACCUGUAUUAAUGGCACCUGUUUGAACUUGUUAUCAGUAUAAAAGACACCUGUCCACAACCUCAAACAGUCACACUCCAAACUCCACUAUGGCCAAGACCAAAGAGCUGUCAAAGGACACCAGAAACUAAAUUGUAGACCUGCACCAGGCUGGGAAGACUGAAUCUGCAAUAGGUAAGCAGCUUGGUUUGAAGAAAUGAACUGUGGGAGCAAUUAUUAGGAAAUGGAAGACAUACAAGACCACUGAUAACUCCCUCGAUCUGGAUCUCACCCCCAGUGGGGUCAAAAUGAUCACAAGAACGGUGAGCAAAAAUCCCAGAACCACACGGGGGGACCUAGUGAAUGACCUGCAGAGAGCUGGGACCAAAGUAUCAAACUUCUGGUAGGCUAACACACUACGCCGCCAGGGACUCAAAUCCUGCAGUGCCAGACGUGUCCCCCUGCUUAAGCCAGUACAUGUCCAGGCCCGUCUGAAGUUUGCUAGAGUGCAUUUGGAUGAUCCAGAAGAGGAUUGGGAGAAUGUCAUAUGGUCAGAUGAAACCAAAAUAUAACUUUUUGGUAAAAACUCAACUCGUCGUGUUUGGAGGACAAAGAAUGCUGAGUUGCAUCCAAAGAACACCAUACCUACUGUGAAGCAUGGGGGUGGAAACAUCAUGCUUUGGGGCUGUUUUUCUGCAAAGGGACCAGGACGACUGAUCCGUGUAAAGGAAAGAAUGAAUGGGGCCAUGGUCCUCUGUAGCUCAGCUGGUAGAGCACGGCGCUUGUAACGCCAAGGUAGUGGGUUCGAUCCCCGGGACCACCCAUACACAAAAAUGUAUGCACGCAUGACUGUAAGUCGCUUUGGAUAAAAGCGUCUGCUAAAUGGCAUAUUAUUAUUAUUAUUAUUAUUAUUAUUAUAUUAUUAUAUCGUGAGAUUUUGAGUGAAAACCUCCUUCCAUCAGCAAGGGCACUGAAGAUGAAACGUGGCUGGGUCUUUCAGCAUGACAAUGAUCCCAAACACACCGCCCGGGAAACGAAGGAGUGGCUUUGUAAGAAGCAUUUCAAGGUCCUGGAGUGGCCUAGCCAGUCUCCAGAUCUCAACCCCAUAGAAAAUCUUUGGAGGGAGUUGAAAGUCUGUGUUGCCCAGCGACAGCCCCAAAACAUCACUGCUCUAGAGGAGAUCUGCAUGGAGGAAUGGGCCAAAAUACCAGCAACAGUGUGUGAAAACCUUGUGAAGACUUACAGAAAACGUUUGACCUGUGUCAUUGCCAACAAGGGUAUAUAACAAAGUAUUGAGAAACUUUUGUUAUUGACCAAAUACUUAUUUUCCACCAUAAUUUGCAAAUAAAUUCAUAAAAAAUCCUACAAUGUGAUUUCUGGAUUUUUUUUUCUCAUUUUGUCUGUCAUAGUUGACGUGUACCUAUGAUGAAAAUUACAUGCCUCUCUCAUCUUUUUAAGUGGGAGAACUUGCACAAUUGGUGGCUGACUAAAUACUUUUUUUCCCCACUGUAUAUAUAGUAAAAGUGAUGUAACUUGUGCUUGUGUCAGGCAAUUGAAAGAGGUGUGUUCUUUGAGAUAAGUUACACACCAUUGCAAAUUCCAUCAGUCUCAUGGAGACGUGCAAAGGAAAGGUAAACACAUACACCCAUCGGUGUUCACCUGUUAAUCCACCUGCCAUUUUCAAACAGUGCAUGUAACCGCAAUGUUUUCUUUCAAAUAGAAUGCGAUUGUGACCAGUAGAAAUGAGGUGUUGUCUUACCCUCUUAGAUGAGGUGUUGUCUUAACCUCUUAGAUGAGGUGUUGUCUUACCGUCUUAGAUGAGGUGUUGUCUUACCCUCUUCGAUACCAAUCAUAUGAACAUUGAGCAUGUUAACAUCUUCCUGAAAGGAACCUUACUAAUGUACAUUUAUUUUGUCUCCUUGUUCAGCCCCUUGAGUUGAGAGGACCCUACGACAUUGGCAACUUGUAUUCUUACGUUACCUACAGUACUUGAUGUAGGCUACUAGAAUAGAGUGCAGACUUAUGCAGGUGUGAUUGGCCAACCUGUGUCACUGCUGUUGUCCUGAAUGAAGCCCAGAGGCCUACUUUUUAGCCUGUCGUAAGGAGACUGCAGAGCUGCGAACUCCACCAACCGUCGAGCUGUCCGUUUACAUCGAGGUGAAUACGCUGCUGUUUAUACACAUUGGUCGAUUAAUUGAAUAGACAAAUGGUGUCUUCGCUUGGUUAAACGGGACAGUGAGUAGCCCAUCUAUGGAAUGUUAAUUUUGUGAUUUAUAAUGUAACACUGUCAUUUAACUAUAUGUAUUACUUAUAUAUCAGUCUCAAAGCAGUAUUUGUGGCACAAGAGAACCAAUGAAUUGACUGUGUUGUCAUUACAGAAACAAGACUGCCUUGGGUAUUGUACACACUAGGAAGAAAGACCAGCCGUUGACUGAGAGACGGGAGGAUGUUCCAGCAUCCGAGGGCUAAGAUUGAGACGGCAUAGUAGAAAGUAAAAUACUUUUGGAUGAAUAGAGAAUGUGUUUAUGUAAAUGCCCUUUUAUGAAUAUCCUUAUUUGUGUUAAUGUGACUGUUUUAUAAUGGUCAGUGGUUAUAUAGUUUGUCAUGGAUUAGCAACUAUGAUGACGCUUGAUCCUUUUAGAUAAAGCAAACAAAUUCGGAUAGCAAAGGCAAUGCUGUUUAUUUCGUAAGUUAAUGUAAAAUAACAAGCAAAAUGUACAGGUAGUAGAAAUAUUGCAAUUACAUCAGGAAGUGCAUUAACACCACACAAGCGUUUUCAAAUCCUGUAUUCUCACUGACCAGUUUGAAGCCACAGGCUUGCUGUCUGAGGAACAGUAUUGUUUUGUGACUUUUUCUUUUAUAUUAAAGAGAAAUUAAGAAUGUAUCGAUUCAAAGUAAUUUCUUUCUAGAACUGAAUGCAUGCUAUAGUCAUGCUGAUGUCAUAAGGCAAGUCACAUCUACAUUUUCCAAACGUUGAACUUUCUCUUUCCCCCUAUAGUUCAUUUGUCAACCUUGAGCAUUUCAGACUUCCAAUAAGCUGCAUCUAAAGAAACAAACAUCCCUGGGAGCAAAUGCAGUUAUCUCAAAGUUCCAGCCCAAACCUCUGCUAGUUCACAAGAAUUGACUCCGGUCUUAGAAGUCAGCCUAGCCUAAAUUAAACCAAAGAGUAUCUAUUAUAUUGACAAGAUAGUCGCGUGACCGCUCUAAAAAUGGAAA